AAUGGUAUAUGUUUUGAAACAUCUUGUAGAUCUUUCAGUAGUUAUACAGUUAUCACAAUAUUAUUCCGAAAAUCAGUUUCCUCUAGCUAGAAACAAUGAAGGUGCUUUAUACUGUGUUCAUCGCUUUAGCGUUUUUCUUUGAUUCUAUUGUUUGCGCUCCUAACUGGUCUGCUGUUACUAUGAAGGAGGCAAAACAAGACGACAUCAAGAAUUUCCUAACUUCAGCCAGUGUCCAUAAUAAAGCUAAACUUCCCAUGACUCUUUUAUUGGUGGAAAAUACCAUAUUUGGAUAUAUGGACAAAAACCGCGUAGCUCAGUCAUUAUAUAUAUACAACGCUAAAAGUAUGUCAUACGCAACUGUUGGAGGUACUAUAGGAGUCGAAUAUUUAGGAGAGGAAGUGCCAUCUUGGUUGCACUAAAAUUAUUCGAAGCUCGUGUUGCUGACUUUUUUAAUACGAAGCAAAGACGGACAUCAUGGACAACCUCAAUAAUGAAACGGAAAUGGCAGCCAAGGGGAAGCUUUGCAUGGAAAAUUAAAAUAAUUAAAAUUAUGUAAAAAGUUUCAUUUCUUGUGUUUUUCAACACUAUUUAAAUGAAUAAAAGCAUAGAAUCUCACUGAUUUUUAGUGACAUCCCAAUGAUUGUAACAGCUAGAAAUGUUUCACUGGCAGUCAGUGAGAUUUCCUGGUACACUUAGUGGAAUGGAUUCACUGGUUCAAUCAGUUAAGUUUAUUGGGAACUCGGUGUCAGUAGUCAGUUGUACGCGUUGUCGACUUUCAGCUGGUCUUUCAGAAACAAUAAACUCACAAAAAUAAAUGAAGGGCGGGCUGCAAUAUAAUCGGAUAUAAUAUAUUUCGCCUACAUUGAGAAAAAAAUACUUCUAAAUCAAUGAAAUAUUAUUUUGAAGCAUCAAACGGUACUUUCGCGUCGGGUCAAUUGCUACACCUAUAAGAAACAACUCCUCCCUUUUCUUAUAUUUUUAUUGACAUUAAAUUCUUAACUAUGUAAAUAUCAUGCAGUCUUGAUAAAAAUUAAAAAAAAAAUUAAAUAUAUUUAACAUUUGCAGAGAUAAACAAUCUUUUUUUUUGAGAGAGAGAGAGUUAAAUAGUAAAUUAAUAAAUGUCAAUUCAUUUUUCGGUAUCAAUAAUUUGCAUUAGAAUUGUUUCUAAAUUAAUAAUUGCGAAAAGGAAUUACUGAUUGAAAAUAGACAAUGCUAGAAAAUUGAAAAAAAAUAUGUUUCAAAUUUCUAUUUUGCAUCAUUUCAAGCUAGAUAGUAUAAUACACUAUUUAUUUUAAUAAUUUCUAGCUUACAUUUAGACGUCAAUAUUUACUCCGACUAUUUAUUCAAUAAUUACUUGAAUAAAAUGAAUAAUAUAUUUUCUAAUUAAUCCUUACAUAAUUAUUCAUAUUUUUUAUUCUCGCGUAGUAAUUCAUAUUACUGGCAAAUAUGACGACUGAAAUUCCUGGAAUAUUUUUGGUUCGGGUAUUUCAUGAUUCGGCAAUUUCCUUUCGGAAAUUUUCUUCUUCGGGAAUUUUAAAAUACAGCCUUAUUAUGAACUGUCAGGAAUUUUUUGAUUCAGGAUUUUUGUAUUCCAGGAAUUUUAUAAUUUUGGGAGUUUCAUUUUUCGGGAUUUUUCGGUCGUCUUCUGCCAAAUGGCCAAGUGCAAACUUGAAAACAAAUUUUAAUACACCUAUCAGAUAGGCUAGAAACGUGUUUUAGUGUUUUUUGUACAGUUUUCCAACUUAAUUUGAUCGUGUUCCAAAUUUCUUGAAAGAUUUAAAAAUAUAUCAAUUGAACCCAUUAAUCUACACUCAUGAAUCAUAGAAAAUUUUUUAAGAUUGAAGAGGCCUAAUACAUUUAGUUCAAUUUUGAUAUGCCUUUCAAACAGUUAUGUAAUUUUUUAAAACAUAUAAAUUUAUGUUUUACACAAAGAGAUUUUUCUUCAUAUUAAACAUUUUCACCUGAGAAAGAAAUACACAUCUUAAUCUGAUGAUAGAAUAUACAUAUGAUUUAGAGUUAAUUCUUCUACACUUAUAUCACAGAUGCCGUUGAUUAUAUAUAAUAGUGUAUUUUUUUGACCGUAUACGAAAGCGCCAUUUAUUGCAUCUACAAUAGAUACUAUCAAAUCGAAGGUAUCUUUGUUUCGCGGAAAUUAUUUUCUCUAUAAAUUAAAAAGAUGCUUUCUUAAUUCAAAAGUAUGUUUACCACUUUAAACGAAAAAUUUUCUUGAAAUAAUAAAAAAUUAAUUCUUUCUGUAAUUUAAGAUUGCGGAAAUAAUGCAGCAGCGCUAUAUCACUAGUAUGAUCAGUAGUUGAAUCUAUCAUUUGGCGUCACUGGUAUAUUUUAGUUGUUCUACUGACACUUCCUCCCACUCACUGAUUUAAACAGUAACGAUUUCACUGGUUUAGUUUAUAUUUUAAUCCGACUUUAGAUGAAGAAUGAUAUUUUAAUUAUAAUGAUGAAAAUACAUAACUCAAUAAAAUUGUCCGAACAUAUGAAAAA